AUGGCUACGCUUUCAAACCUAACACUUUCUGGGAAAGUGUUAACAAACCCCAACAGUGGGGGAAAGCUGGCUUUUCUGGAUAUGUCUCUAGAUGACAUUAUAAUCCUUAAAAAGAUAGAAACUACCUGUGUGGAAGACAUCAAGAAUAAAAAACAGAACAAUAAAAAACCUACAGCUUCAAAACGGCGAUCAAAUGCUCAUAGACAACGCAGGCAGAAAGGGUGCACAAAAUUCCAAAACAAGCUUGACAAAAAGGUUGAUGAUCAAAAAUCACACGAAGAACCUUCUGGAGCAAAGUCUGGACAAAGCCCUUUAAGUAAGCAGCCUUCAAUUGAGCAGAAGAAGUGCAAUGACAAUAAUAAGACCCAGUCAGAGAGGAAUCAAGGCCAAUCGGAAGAAAAACAGCAUCAAUCAGAAGGAAAUCGAGGCCACCUAGAGAGAUCUCAUAGCCGAUCAGUGAGAUCUCCUGACAAAUCCAAGAGAUCUCAUGGUCAAUCAGAGAGAUCUCGUGGCCAAUCAGAAAGAUCUCAUGAGCAAUCAGAGAUAUCUCAUGGUUGCUCAGAGGGAUCUCGUGGUCGCUUGGAGAGAUCCCGUGGUUGUUUGGAGAGAUCUCGUGGUCGUUUGGAGAGAUCUAAUGGUCAUUCAAAGAGAUAUCAUGAUUAUUCAGAGAGAUAUCAUGGUCAAUCAGGGCGAUCUUAUGGCCAAUCAGAGAGAUAUCGAAGAUACUCACCAGGAGGAAGAUUCAAAUCAUCACCAGAAACUGAGUCCGAAUUUGACAGGUAA